CAAUAGAGGUUAGAGGACCCUAAGAGAACGCUGCUGAAUUCAAAUUUCAAAACAAACUUCAACUGUUGAUCCAACAUGCAAGUGUUUAUUUUACGCUAGUUGGUAGCAAUUACAGGCACGAUCGCACGUAGGUAAGAACCUAAAAAGAUGGACCCAGAGGAAAAGCACAUAUCUGCUCCCAAUUCUAGAGUUACAGGGUCUGUUCAGCUGCCGAAGAUUGAAGAUUUCCUUAGUUUGAAACCUAUCAGCCGCGGUGCUUUUGGCAAAGUUUACCUUGCACGGAAGAAAUGCAACUCCCGAUUAUAUGCCAUUAAGGUCAUGAAUAAAGCGGACAUGGUCGAUAAAAACAUGACGGGCCAAAUGAAGGCAGAGAGAGAUGCACUGGCUUUGAGCAAAAGUCCCUUCGUGGUUCACCUGUUUUAUUCUCUCCAGACAGCCACCAAAAUCUACCUGGUGAUGGAGUACCUCAUUGGAGGGGAUGUGAAGUCUCUCCUUCACAUUUGUGGAUAUUUUGACCAGGACAUGGCAGUCAAAUACGUCUCAGAGGUUGCGCUUGCUUUGGACUAUCUCCACCACCAUGGCAUCAUCCACAGGGAUCUAAAGCCCGACAACAUGCUCAUUUCUAACGAGGGCCACAUUAAAUUAACUGACUUUGGGCUGUCCAAGGUGAAGCUUGACAGAGAACUGAAACUUACUGAUAUCCUAAACACACCCUCCGUGCACAAGCCCACAAAUUACUCCCGCACGCCGGGUCAAGUCAUGUCCUUGAUCAGCUCAUUUGGUUUUAACACCCCGGCGGCAGAAACUAAACGCCACUGCAGCACUUCGGCCGUCUCCCGUAGCAAAAUGACGCGGACGAAUAACUCUCUGGGCUCCCCGUCUGUGAUGACAAAGGAGACCAUGAGCUCCCCAGCGCACCCCGCCUCGAAGAAAGGGCUGUGCGGCUUCAUGUUCAGCCCGCAUAACCUGGCAGUCAAUCUGACGCCCUCGCUGUUGAAAACCAGGAAGCGCUUCGAGACCAUGAGUGCGGACAGCACCACCGACACGGAGGGAGGCAUCAGCCCCCUGUGGGAGUUUGAGGAGAAGGAAAAUGAGCCAAACAAAGAGAAGGCAAGAGGACAUUUGGAGUCCCCUGUGAAGCUCCACGCGUGCGGCCAAUCAAAAACUGGUCCUCGGACCGCCCCGGUGCCACCAGACCUUCCCCCGUCGUCCAAACGGCCAUUUUCCGAUGUGCAGGUGAGCCCCGAGGCAGUAGAGAGCCUCGCUAAGAAGAGCAACGAGCACUACAAACGAUGCCACCACGUUCCCGACGAGACCUUCGCCAUUCACACCGGCCUCCCCGGCGCUGGGGAGGUGCCGCACGACGGCGCCAAAUCUAUUUAUCCAUCGAUAUUAAUGGACGCAUCUCUCUCUAGCAGCGGGGUUUGCCGCAGUUUGAGUCUGGACUCUGACGUCUCCAGCGGUGAAACGUCGCCCACCACCGACAGCCGUAAUCCAGCAGACCACGUCAGAGCUGCCGAAAAUAGCGCCUCACCUUCCCCCGAGAAAGGCGCCGCGUCGUCCCGUCGACAGACCCACUGCUCUUCCUCAUCGCCCCGCGCCACGGCAACACCGGUGUCCCUCGGCCGACCCGAGUGCUCCUUCCUGCGGCCCAAGAACGUGGUGGCGUUCCGGAGCUACUGCAGCUCCAUCAAUCGCUCCAAUGUGUCGCGGCUCAGCGUAGGUUCCGCCUUGGACGCGUCCUCGCCCGCCAUCUGCCUCGCCACACCGGUUCAGAGGAGGAUCAGCUCUGGAAGCUCGCUCUACCAGACUCCUCGGACCAUGUCCACCUCGCACACCCCUUACCGUACUCCCAAAAGUGUGCGACGGGGGCCGCCGCCCGCUGAGGGGGCGCCCAUUUUAGGGACUCCGGACUAUUUGGCCCCGGAGCUGCUUUUGCGGGCCUCUCACGGGAGGUGUCGAUGCGACUGCAUGGUGGACUGGUGGGCGCUUGGCGUGUGUCUGUUCGAGUUCCUCACCGGCGUGCCGCCCUUCAACGAUGAGACGCCGCAACUGGUCUUUGAGAAUAUUCUCAACAGAGACAUCCCCUGGCCCAAAGGAGAUGAGGAGCUGUCGGACAAUGCCAGGAACGCCAUUGAUAUCCUCCUGACCAUGGAUAAGACCAAGCGGGCGGGACUUAAAGAGCUGAAACGCCACCAGUUGUUCGAGGGCUACGACUGGGAGAACCUUCACACGCAGCCCAUGCCGUUCAUCCCGCAGCCGGAGGACGAGACGGACACGUCCUACUUCGAGGCCAGGAACAACGCGCAGGACAUCGUCGUGUCAGCCUUCAGUUUCUAGUCAAGUCAAAACUCAUCAUCGUUAACUGCAGUAAAGUGUCCUCCCAAAAAAAAAAAAAAAAAAGUUUUAUG